AGCAGACUUACACAGGAUGAAGAUGUUUGGAAGAAUGAUGAGCUGCUGUGUGGCUCUCCUCCUGACCUUCAGCUCUGUGUCAGCUGUAAGACGAGCGCUCAACUCAAUCACUGAUCUGAGGUCAGUAGGCUUUGGCCAGUCUGUGCCCGAGUACAGCCUCUGCUUGCUCCACUGGUUUGCUACCACAGUUGACUUUGACAAUAACAACAUCAUCCUGCUGACCUUUGACCCAAACCGUGGUGAUUAUGGCUCACAUCGAUAUCGCAACGAUGAACAGCUGUUAGACCCACUGCCGAGGGGAUACCGAUACUACACUGUUGGUAAUAUCUACCAAGAUGCAUCACUGGAACUUCCAGAUUAUGUCGUGGAGUCGGACAUUGAGGAAAGUAACAGGGCUCGCAUUAUAAUUAGAGUCAGGGGGCGCAACGCAGUACGGACAAUAGACCAAGUCUAUAUCACACAGCAUUAUGAGCCAUAUGAAGCUCGAGGGACAGAGUAUGAUCCACAGCAUACAUAUCGGGUCACUACCUGCCUUCUAAGAGUGUUGAGAAAGUUUUCCUUGCAUCUCAAUAAUAUCAACUCACUGGCUCUCAGAAACAGAGUUCAUGACUCCCAGCUAUCAGAGAUAAGAAACAUGUGGGGGGACCUCGCUUGUGUUGGACUGUUGUUGUUUAUUGUGAUCCCAGAAAAAUAUUCCUCUCACAAACGCAACAACAGACGUCAGCCAGCACCAAGAAACAACACACCAAGUUAUGUUGUGGUCAAUAUCCCAGAGAGCAGGGAAAAUAGUGACUCUGUCGUCCUUAACAGGUACAACUCUGAUCCUUGGCGUUACACAUCUCUCUCACGAAGAGACACAUGCAAUGAUUUUGAGAAGAACCGGGUUCAGUGUUUAUUCUGUUGUUUUUUUUUAACAAUUAUUUUUUCAGUCUUUCUUAUUAUAUACAGUGGUGCCUUGUCUCACGACUUUAAUUUGUUUCGUGACGGAGCUAAUAAGUCAAAUCAUUCGUAUGUCAAAUCAAUUUUCCCCACUGACAUGAAUUGAAAUGCCAUUAAUCCCUUCAUGACCCCAAAAAACAGUGAGAAAGGAAUUUGUUACAUGUUUUUCAAUAAGAAAAAUGUAUUAAUAAAUAACAAAUAUUAUAUGAAAACACAAUAAAAUUGAAUGUACUGCAAUAAACUGGUCUUAUUAAGUAUAAUAUACUUCAUUAUGGUGCAGAGUGUGGAAGUGCAACAACUCAUACUGAUUUGCCAAGUCGACUACAAACACAUCUUGGUCGUGUUUUUCAGUUAUUCCAAUUUCACAACUUUCCUUAACAUGGAUUUAUUCAUUAUACAGUGAAUUUUGUGUGGGAUAAAAAGAAAAGCAAAUUACAACCACUUAUAACCAGAACUGCUGGUGGGAUAUUAUUCUGACCCCAUACCCCGAGAAUCAGACAGCUACAACAUUUUGACACAACUAUCUGAAUAAUAGGAGUUGUUCUCUUGUACGCUUUGCCUCCAUGUGCUUAAUUUUACUUUUUACUUCAUGGAUUCAUUUUGUAAAUCUCAGAUAAUCUACUUGUAAUGAAAGUCCAAAUUAUUGAGAAGAAUGCACAAUUACUCUGAUGGAUAAAUGACACAUAUGUUGAGUAA